CCCGGUAUUCACCCUAACGGAGGCCCAUCUGUCAACAGGGAGGAAGGGAGGGGUCUUCUUCACCAUAGCUCUGUUCAGACUGACCCGCUGCUCUGCCCUGAUCAGGACCUUCAUCACCCCAGCGCUCCAUCCUCUCCUCCUCGUCUCACCCCCCAGACCCAUAACCCCCCCUGCCCCUCUACUGUACAGGAUGCCCCGCCGGAACAAGUCCAGAAAUACCCCCGCCGCGGACUCCUCCAUCCAGGUCCAGACCGAAGCGGUGCCUGAACCAAGGGACGAGGAAGUCACGCCGGAGGAAGAGGAAGACCAGAAUGUAGGGGACAGCGAGAUCGUCAAGUCCCCCAGUGACCCCAAACAGUACAGAUACAUCGUGCUGGAGAACGGCCUCCGAGCGCUGCUUAUCUCCGACUACAGCGGCCCCGCGACAGAGCAGGAGGAGGAGGAGGAGGAAGGAGAGGAGGAGGAAGAGGAGGAAGAGGAGGACGAAGAGGACGACGAAGAAGAUGAAGAGGAUGACGACGAGGAUGAGGAUGGGAGUGAUGAAGAGGACGAGGAAGAAGAGGGGAAGAGGAAAAAGGGAAAUGCAGAAAAACAGUCUGCAGCAGCGCUCUGUGUCGGUGUGGGCAGCUUCUCCGAUCCUCCUGACCUCCCUGGCCUCGCCCACUUUCUGGAACACAUGGUCUUCAUGGGGAGCGAGAAGUACCCGUCUGAAAACGGCUUUGAUGCGUUCCUCAAGAAGCACGGAGGAAGUGACAACGCCUCCACCGACUGCGAGCGCACCGUCUUCCAGUUCGACGUCCAGAGGAGGAGCUUCAAAGAGGCUCUGGACAGGUGGGCCCAGUUCUUCAUCUGUCCUCUAAUGAUCCGGGACGCCAUUGACCGUGAGGUGGAGGCCGUGGACAGUGAGUACCAGCUGGCCAAACCCUCCGACUCGCACAGAAAGGAGAUGCUGUUCGGGAGCCUGGCCAAAGUGGACCACCCCAUGGGCAAGUUCUGCUGGGGUAACGCCCAGACUCUGAAGCACGAGCCGAAGAAGCAGAAGAUAAACGUGUACAAGCGUCUGCGAGAGUUCUGGGAGCAGCACUACUCGGCUCACUACAUGACCCUGGCCGUGCAGUCCAAAGAGAAACUGGACACGCUGGAGGAGUGGGUGAGAGAGAUCUUCUGCAAGGUGCCCAACAACGGUCUCUCAAAGCCCGAUUUCUCAAACAUGCUGGAUCCCUUUGACACUCCCGCGUUUAACAAGCUCUACCGAGUUGUUCCCGUUCGAAAAGUUCACGCUUUGAACAUCACUUGGGCCCUGCCGCCACAAGAAAAGUACUACCGAGUGAAGCCCCUCCAUUACAUCUCGUGGCUGAUUGGACAUGAAGGCACCGGCAGCAUCCUCUCUGUGCUCCGAAAGAAGUGCUGGGCUCUGGCUCUCUUCGGAGGAAACAGCGAAACGGGCUUUGACCAGAACACCACCUACUCCAUCUUCUCCAUCUCCAUCAUCCUCACCGACGAAGGCUUCCAGAACUUCUACCAGGUGACUCAGCUCGUGUUCCAGUACCUGAAGAUGCUGCAGACGCUCGGACCACAGCAAAGGAUAUACGAAGAGAUUCAAAAGAUAGAAGCCAAUGAGUUUCACUAUCAGGAGCAGAUUGACCCUAUAGAAUAUGUAGAAGAUGUGUGUGAGAACAUGCAGCUGUUCCCGAAGGAGGACUUCCUCACAGGAGACCAGCUCCUGUUCCACUACGAUCCAGAGGUGAUCAACGGGGCCCUCUCCCUCCUCACUCCAGACCGGGCCAACAUGAUGCUGCUGUCCCCAGAACACGAGGGCCGAUGUCCCCUCAGAGAGAAGUGGUUCGGCACCCAGUACAGCGUGGAGGAUAUUGCACCAGAGUGGAUGGAAAAGUGGACAGGGGAGCUGGAGCUGGACAGCAGCCUGCAUCUGCCCGCUGAAAAUGAGUUUAUAGCCACGGACUUUAACCUGAAGCCGUCGGACUGCCCUGACACGGAGCUCCCUGUGCGCAUCGCCGACAGUGACAAGGGCUGCCUCUGGUACAAGAAGGACAACAAGUUCAAAAUCCCCAAGGCCUACAUCAGAUUCCACCUCAUUUCUCCCGUCAUCCAGAAGUCUGCGACCAAUGUGGUGCUGUUUGAGCUGCUGGUGAACAUCCUGGGACAUAACCUGGCAGAGCCGGCGUACGAGGCGGAGGUGGCUCAGCUGGACUAUAAGCUGUUGGCCGGAGAGCACGGCCUCGUCGUCAAAGUCAAAGGCUUCAACCACAAACUGCCCCUGCUGUUCCGUCUCAUAGUGGACCACCUGGCGAGUUUCAGCGCCUCCCCCGGCGUCUUCACCAUGUUCUCGGAGCAGCUCAAGAAAACCUACUUCAACAUCCUCAUUAAACCUGAGAAACUUGGCAAGGACGUGCGUCUGCUGAUCCUGGAGCACUCCCGCUGGUCCAUGGUGGAGAAGUACCAGGCUCUGUCGGCGGGGCUCACGAUGGACGACCUGAUGGAGUUCAGUCGGUGUUUCAAGUCGGAGAUGUUCGCCGAGGGGCUGGUGCAGGGCAACUUCACCAGCGCUGAGUCGGCAGAGUUCUUGCAGUACGUCAUGGACAAGCUGCAGUUCUCCAAGCUGCCAGCGGAGGUGCCGGUCACGUUCCGAGUGGUGGAGCUGCCGCAGAAGCACCACAUAUGCAAAGUGAAGUCGCUCAACAAGGGAGACGCCAACUCAGAAGUCACAGUUUAUUAUCAGUCAGGUCCCAAGUCACUGAGAGAGCACACACUGAUGGAGCUCUUGGUGAUGCACAUGGAGGAGCCCUGCUUUGACUUUCUCAGGACCAAAGAAACCCUCGGGUACCACGUCUACCCCACAUGCAGAAACACAUCGGGAGUUCUGGGCUUUUCCGUUACCGUGGAGACGCAGGCCACCAAGUUCAACUCCGAGUUGGUGGAGUUAAAGAUUGAAGAGUUCUUGGCGUCUUUUGGGGAGAAGCUCAACGCGCUGACGGAGGAGGCUUUCAAUACGCAGGUGACGGCUCUGGUGAAGCUGAAGGAGUGCGAGGACACCCACCUGGGGGAGGAGGUGGACCGCAACUGGUCAGAAGUCCUCACGCAGCAGUACGUCUUUGACCGCCUGCUAAAAGAGAUCGCAGCCUUGAAGCAGAUGACCAAGGAGGAGCUGGUGUCGUGGUUCCAGGAGCAUCGAGGGUCCACCAGCCGCAAACUCAGCGUACACGUGGUCGGUUUCGGCGUGGAGGAGCAGGACGCGGAGGGGGGAGCCGAGAGACGAAAGGGGGAUGAAAGCGGCGACGACGAGGAGAGCGGAUCCACGUACGGAGAGGUGUCCAGGCUGUUCUACCUGCCCCCCUCGGAAAGAAUCCCCGGUGCCAAUCCCAUAAUGGACAUUCCCACUUUCACUAAGGACCUGCCUUUGUUCCCGUACCACAAAAUACUCGAGUAAAUAGUAUUUCAUUAGACUAAAUAGUACUACAACUUAUGCAAACGCUGAUGUGAAGAGGAAGGAGAAAUAAGCGAGUUUACGUACAGUGAAAUAGCAUCUUUUGUAGUUUUCCAUGAUUCAAAGUGCGUAUGACGGGUUUAAUAUUCUUCUAAUUAACACGUAGAACCUCAAAGUUAAAGGUGCGCUGUGGAAUUUUCCGGGUGGAGGGUCCGUCACCAUGGAGAUGUUGUUGUAGCGUGAUAUUAAAGAAAGCACCGAGUUUACAGGUCGGGUUUGUGAAGAGGUGGACCCACUUACAGUAGAAUACAUGUUUUUUUAAGGUGUUGUUUUGUUGUAAAAAAAUAAAAAAUAACCUAUAAUAAGAAAGUUUAAAGCAAUACUGUGGGACAUUCUGCGAAAUCUCCAUGGAUACAACCAGGUGCUGGACUCAUACCAAAAAAAUUACAUGGUGCACCUUUUAAACUAAUUCUCGUCAUAGAUAUUUAGCAUAGUUUUACAUCAAUUAAAGUUGCACUGUGUAGCUUUUUGACUUUUCAGCUUGUCUCCAUGGUGAUUUUUUAUUUUUUCGUUGCCUGGGAUGUUCCACAGUAUGGCAUUAAACAAAAAUAUUAUGCAUUUAAUAAAAUACCGGAGCUUUUUUAUUUUGCAAAAUGUUGACAAAAAUUUGCGUUAUUACAGCAAGUGGGGCUCACUUCUCCACGGAUCUGACCUGUAACUCGGUAAAGUGAUGUGGCCACUUGUCUCCAUGGAGAUAAAUUAAAUGCCGUACUGUGGAGCAUUCCAGGAAAAAAAAAUGACAUCUUGUUGGAGUCAAGCGGGGGUGGAUCCUCUACCAGAAAAGUUACACGAUGCAUCUUUAAACUAGUUCCGCUGAUAGAUAUUUAGCAUGGUUUUACAUCAGUUAAAAGUGCACUGUGUAACUUUCCUGCUGGUCUCCAUGGUGAUUUUUUUGUUUUGCGUUGCCUGGGAGGUUCCACAGUAUGGCAUUAAACAAAUAUAUUAUGCAUUUAUUAAACUUGAGGCGCUUUUUUAUUUCGCAAAACGACCAGACCAACGACCAAAAACGUGAGUUAUUACAAUAAGUGGGCCCACUUUCUCCGUGGAUCUGACCUGUAACUUGGCCAGGUGAUGUGGCCGCUUGUCUCCAUGGAGAUAGUUAAGUUAAAUGCUAUACUGUGGAGCAUUCCAGGAAAAAAAAUGACAUCUAGAUGGAGUCAAGCGGGGGCAGAGCCUCUAUCAGAAAAGUUACAUGGUGCGCCUUUUAAACUAGGUCCUUUGAUAAAUAUUUACCCUAGUUUUUACAUCAUUUAAAAGUGCACUGUGUAACUUUUCUGCUUGUCUCCAUGGUGAUUUUUUUUUUUUUUUUACGUUGCCUGGGAUGUUCCACAGUAUGGCUUUAAACAAAUAUAUUAGGCGUUUAUUAAACUAUAGUUUUAAAACUUGCGUUAUUACAGUAAGUGGGCCCGCUUCUCCACAGAUCUGACCUGUAACUUGGUAAAGUGAUGUGGCCGCUUGUCUCCAUGGAGAUAGUUAAGUUAAAUGCCAUACUGUGGAGCAUUCCAGGGAAAAAAAUAACAUCUAGAUGGAGUCAAGCGGGGGCAGACCCUCUAUCAGAAAAGUUACAUGGUGCACCUUUUAAACUAGUUCCCUUGAUAAAUAUUUACCGUAGUUUUACAUCAGUUAAAGGUGCACUGUGUAACUUUUCUGCUUGUCUCCAUGGUGAUUUUUUUAUUUAUUUAUUUUUUUGCAUUGCCAGGGAUGUUCCACAGUAUGGCAUUAAACUAAUAUAUUUGUAAAUAUAUGCGUUUAUUAAAAUAUAGGCGUUUUUAUUUCACAAAAUGACCACAAAAACGUGCAUUAUUAAUUUGUGUUAAUAUUAAGAGGGCCCACUUCUCCACAGAUCUGACCUGUAACGGCACAGUGAUGCGGCCAGUUGUCGUCAUGGAGAUUAAAUUAAAUGCUCCACAGUAUGGCUUUAAACAAAUAUAUUAUGCAUUUAUUAAAAUAUAGGCGUUUUUAUUUUACAAAAUGACCACAAAAACAUAAGUUAUUACUGUAAGUGGGGCUCAGUUCUCCACGGAUCUGACUUGUAACUUGGCCCGGUGAUGUGGCCGCUUGUCUCCAUGGAGAUAGUUAAACUAAAUGCCAUACUGUGGAGCAUUCCAGGAGAAAAUAACCUAACAUAACAUCUACAUGGAGUCAAGCAGGGGGCGGAUCUUCCACCACAAAAGUUACACAGUGCACCUUUAAAAAGCAAUUAGUGGGAAAAAGUUGAAAAUAAAAUUGGACAAAAAUGCAAGAAGUAACACUGAGUUCUGAAACGCAGAAAAUUUAAUCCAAAAUACAAGAUCAUUUAUGCACCAGGAAGACGUUUUUACAGUUUAAAGCUUCAUUUAACAAAAUAAAAACACUGUAAUUUAUUUUUAUGAGUCUAAUCAUAACUUCGGUGUCAUUUAGCCCAAGUUUUGCCUCUUGUUUACAUUACGGUUGCUAGGUAACACUUAUGAAAUCAACUCCACUGCCAGGAAGUAAAAUUAUACACUUCAUUCAAAAAAAUAAGUCAAAUUUGAAAUCCAAACAUGUUAACUACGGUAUGUUUUAGUGAAGUAAUCUCACCUGUCAUACGCACUUUAAUUUGCAGCAAAAAACAAAAACAUAAUUUAAAAUGCACUAUGUAACAUUUCGAGAGGGUGUCUGUUUCUAUGGAGACGUGAUUGCUUUGCCUGGAAUGUUCCCAGUGGGCAUUAAUGUUCUCUAUCUUCUCGCGUAGGUUGUAGUCUCCACUGGGGUUAGAUAAAGUCAAAGUGUGAAACGUUCUAGGCGAAAUUCGUAACAUUUUCACCCACCAAAAAAUUACACUUAAACUUGUACUGAAACAGAUGUAGAGGAACUUUGUAUGAUAUAAGUUAUAGCUUCGUAACAGCUUGAAUUCACAAUAUUGAUUUGAGUAGUUAAGUUAUUAGUAGGGAUGGGACAAGAUCUCCAAAACACAAAAACAAAAACGCCACAAGAUCUCAUGAGAUUUUUUUCCCCAUUUGGUUUGGACAAAAAAAAGGUUACGUGUGGGCGGGUUGCAUCUUUUGAGAAGCCGUAGUUCCAAAAAGCACGGGCUAAAAUGACAACAAAAAUAUUAAAUGAAAUACCGUAUUUUUCGGAUUAUAAGCCGCUCCGGAGGAUAGGUCGCACCAGCCAAAAAAUGCGUAAUGAAGAAGAAAAAAACAUGUAAGUCGCACUUUUUUUGAGGAAAUUUAUUUUAUAAAAUCAGCGAUGAGGAACUGACAUUUCAUCUUGAAAUCUCCAUGGAUACAACCAGGUGCAGGACUCAUACAAAAAAAUUACAUGGUGCACUUUUUAAACUAUUUCCCUUGAUAGAUAUUUAGCAUAGUUUUACAUCAGUUAAAAGUGCACUGUGUAACUUUUCUGCUGGUCUCCAUGUUGAUUUUUUUUUUUUUUUGCAUUGCCUGGGAGGUUCCACAGUAUGGCUUUAAACAAAUAUAUUAUGCAUUUAUUAAACUAGAGAGUUUUUAUUUCGCAACACGACCACAAAAACGUGCAUUAUUACAAAGUAAGUGGGGCUCAGUUCUUUGCAGAUCUGACCUGUAACUUGGCCCGGUGAUGUGGCCGUUUGUCUCCAUGGAGAUAGUUAAAUUAAAUGCCGUACUGUGGAGCAUUCCAGGAAAAAAAUGACAUCUAGAUGGAGUCAAGCGGGGGCGGAUGGUGCACCUUUUAAACCUUUUAGUUCCCGUGAUUAAUAUUUCCCAUAGUAAUUUCAUCUUGAAAGACAAGUUCUAGUAAUAACAAUAAAACAGAGAACAACAAACUGUUAACGUCACAUAUGAACAGUUCUUCAGAUAAAUAUAACAUAAACAACAGAACAGAACAAGUUUAACAAACUCUCCAUCUCACUCCAAAUCACUAAAUCCAUUCAAUUCUUCAUCCUCGGUGUCACUUCUGAGCAACUCCACGACCUCCGGAGGUAAACAGAGCACCGCUUCCUCUUCUGUGUAGCUUUCGUCAGACUCUGCAUCAGUUCCAGUUAGAAUUAUUCCGGCCUUUCUGAAGUCCAGGCUUUGUCGAUCCAUCCAGUGACUUCCAGGAAAGUUUCAUGGCGCACUCUCCCGGUGUCACAAGUUUCUUGCUCACUCCAAACUUACUUUCUGCUGCUCGAUUACCGUAUUCGACUGCUUAUGUCACUACUUGCAGCAGGAUGGAGGCUCUUUCUGCAGGAGACAUGUGCAGUAGAGUGAAGUGACAGUGGUACAGGAGGAACAGGAGCAGCAGAUACUGACACACAAGACUAGAGCGCCCUCUUGUGCCGCUGUCAGUGUGAAAAUUUUUAUAUGUAAGUUGCACUGGAGUAUAAGUCGCAGGAAACACUCAAACCAUGAAAAAAAGUGCAACUUAUAUUCCGAAAAAUACGGUAAACACAAAUUCUGAAGACAACAUUGGGAACUAAAUCAGACUAUUUACAGUUUAGAAAUGAUGUCAAAAUCUCGUCUUGUCUCGUUCUCGUGGACUCAAUCUCGUGUCUCGUCUCAUCUUGUCCACCCUUUUUACUGGGAAUUUAAAGUAAAAAUUGCAUUUCUAAAUUAAUCUAAACUGACUCAAAUCAAGAUUAAUACUUAAAAAUUCAAGUUGCAGAUGCUCCUUUAUGGCAGUGUAAUAAAGUAAAGUUUAAUGCUGAAACUGAAAUAUACAAGUUAAGGUUUUUCUUUCUACUUUCCAAGGUAUUACUGAUAUUUGUAGGUUUAAACAUUUCACAUUUCUUUCCACGAUUUUUUGGAUCAGUAAACUUGUUGAUUUAAAGGUCUUAUAUUACUCAAACCUGACUCUCGUGAGCGUUUAGUCACGUUAUAAUCCUCAAAAACAUACCAGGAGUUGUUUUGUUUCAUUUGCUGCUUUUAUUUUAGAAUAUUUAGUUUCAACUUUUGUACAGUUUAUAGAAAGUCUCUAAUAUCUGCUGGUGCGUCGAGGAGUGAAGCAGUUUCGAUGAGACUAAAACAAAUUGUGUAAAUCCAAGAUGGAACAGAGCGUUUUCAGUUUGAGUAAAGCAACUCCGGGUUUGUUUUUGACGAGAAAACAACAUUAAAAUCAUAAUAACGGAUCAGAAAUAUUUCAUUCUACAUUUAUGUAAGUGUUUGCCAAAAUCGUCGGAAUGAAACUCGCUUCUCGCAACCACCCACACGUAACAAAAAAAUCAAAAUAUUGUAUUAUUAGUCAUGGAAAACUUCACAUUUUUUUGUAUUUACACAUAAUUAUUUCUUCUAUCUGCAAGCUGUUCCGGCGAAAUGUGAUUAUAACUUUUACAUUACUUCUUACUCUUAGCUCAUUUUUAAACAUUGAAGGGGCACUUUAAAGAGCAGUGUGUCACUUUUCUGGUGGAAGUCGCGUCGUCUGCUUGUUUCUAUGGAUACGUCGUGCAUCGCUCUGCCUGGAAUGUUCCGCAGUGUGACAUUAAACGGCUCUACUUCGCGUUUAUUCAAUUACGGGUGGUUUUAAAGCUCAAAAAUACAGAGAAAAACUACAUUCUGACUGGGAGCGGGCGUCGCCUCUCCGCAGAUCUGACUCGGAACGUGGUCUGGUUUGGUUUCCGUGAAGAUAGAAGGGUUUAAAGCCACACUGCGAAACAUUCCAGACAAAGCAAUAACAUAAUAUCCAUGGAGAAAAGCGACGACGGACGACGGACGACGGAUCCGCCACCGGAAAAAGUGACACAAUGCGCCUUUAACACGGCCUUGUAAGCAAUGACUUGUAAAAAUAGCUUAAGUUGUGUACAUUUGAGUGCGUUUGAGAGUUUUGCUGUGUUUUAUUUGGACCUAGAAGCUUUGUACCAGGAAAUAAAUAGAUUUGAGGUGAAUGAA